CGUCACCGACCAGGAAGCCGCCGGCCUCUGGUGGGGAGGGAGGCUGGUGCCCCUGGGCAGGGCUGCACCCAGGAAGGUGCCCACGUCCCUGUCUAGGGGGGCUGAGACCCUGCUGGACCGUCGCCGGGCUGAUGUCGGGCGCGUGACUGUCAGCAUCUCCCGCCUGCUCCCUGCCCUUUGCCUAGCAACAGCAGAGGCAAGUGGGUCGUGCCCAUCAGGGCGGGCUGGGAGCAGCCGCUACGCCGGGCAUCAUGUUCAGCAGGUCUGGCUACCGGGCCCUGCCCUUGGGCGACUUUGACCGUUUCCAGCAAUCCAGCCUGGGUAUCUACGGCUCCAAGCAGGGCUUCUUCCCCACCAUUCUGGGGCGAGACCGGCUGAGCCUGGGGCAAGAUGUGGACUCUCCCCAGAGCUGGCCAUCCUACAUCUGCCACAGCAUCAUCAGUUUCCUGGUGUUCCUGCUGCUCAUAGUCACAUUCCCCAUUUCUGGAUGGUUUGCCUUGAAGAUCGUCCCUACCUAUGAGCGAAUGGUCGUGUUUCGUCUGGGACGAAUUCGGGCCCCCCAGGGGCCGGGCAUGGUCCUGCUGCUCCCUUUCAUUGAUUCUUGGCAGAGGGUGGAUCUGAGGACAAGAGCAUUCAAUGUCCCUCCCUGUAAGCUGACCUGCAAGGAUGGUGCACUGGUGUCUGUGGGGGCUGAUGUCCAGUUCCGCAUCUGGGACCCAGUGUUAUCAGUGAUGAUGGUGAAGGACCUGAACUCAGCCACCCGCAUGACAGCCCAGAACGCCAUGACAAAGACCUUGUUGAAGAAGCAGCUGCGUGAGAUCCAGAUGGAAAAGCUGAAGAUCGGGGAUCAGCUCCUACUGGAGAUCAAUGACAUGACCAAGUCAUGGGGUCUGGAAGUGGACCGAGUGGAGCUGACGGUGGAGGCCGUGCUGCAGGCUCCUCAGGAUGCCCCCUCCCUGCCAGGCCUGGACAGUGCCAUCCAACAGCUGGCUCUCCAUUUCUUUGGUGCCGGCAGCAGUGGACAUGCUCCUGUGGCAGCUGAGAAAGACACCAUGGAGAUGGUGAAUGAAGUAGAAGGGUCCCUCCCACCUGCCAGCAACCCAAGUGGUAGCAGCAAUGGCGGCACCAAGAAGAGGCCAACCGUGGAGGAGCUACUGGCUGCCGUGGAACUGUUUCUGUCCGAGGCUUUGGUCAGUCAAGUCCAGGCGUGCUACCAGUUUAAUAUUCUCCUGCCCAACAGCGCACGUAGCACCUACUUCAUUGAUCUCACUACAGGGAGUGGGAAGAUUGGAUGUGGUGUGCCUGACUGCAGUCCAGACGUGGUUUUGGAAGUGACCGAGGCUGACCUACUAGCCCUGUUCUCUGGGGAACUGAAGCCCCUUGGAGCUUAUAUGAGUGGGCGACUGAAGGUGAAGGGAGAUUUGAACCUGGCCAUGAAGAUGGAGUUGCUCUUGAAGGCCAUGGAAUAGUGGAAAAAUAGCAAUGCCUGUCCCAGGCCCCUGCCUUGAGUCCCCAGCCCCUCAAGGUGCUUGCUGGCAAUGAAUGACAAAGCUACUUCUUUGGCAUGUAAAAUGGAGCUGGGAAAGUUGAUGACUCUCGUCCCCUGCCUGGUCUGGUUCUCUUGUCUUCCUCACUCAGUUUUGUUCUUUUGACAAGUCUUUCCUGAGCCCCAUCCGUGUGCCAGGGGAGACCAUGGAAGAGACAGGAGAAGGCCUGAUACAUGCUCUCAGGGGACUCCUGCCGUGUGUGUGGAGACGAGACACACAUCUAUGCAACCGCUGGAGAGCGUUACCAAGCAAUCUAAAAGCCAGUGUUGGAGUAUGCCUGGUAUGCUCUUACUGUGAAGGCAGUAAUGAUCAAGGACUGGGCUAGUCGGGGAAAACUUCAGCUGGGCCUUAGAGAAGGAGGAGGAGGAGGAGGAGGAGGAGGGGAACAUUGCCAUCCCAGCCCAGGAAGACAGGCCUCCAACAAGCUAAUGGAAUCCAGAAUAGAGACCAGAGGACUAGGGAUGGAAGGCAGGGACUCUGUGGCCCUGGGUGUCACCUUAGAAUGGGGAGGAGAAAGGGCUGGCCCCUUCCCCUAGCAUGUCUUCAGCCUCUUGGGCCCUGAAUGUUGUCUGUCUUCCCUGUCCUGCAUGUGAUAUCAGAGAUGAUGGGAGGUGGGGAGGUGGGGCGCGUUUAUACAUCCUGACUCUUGACUGAAUUAUCUUUGUGUUUUAAAUUAAAAGACUGAAAAACCUGA